AUGAGGAGGAACCGAGGGGCAGAAGGCAGGGGGCAUUUCAUGCAUCCCGAAGACCUUCACGUGUGGCUAAUAUCCUUAGCACUGCUCAUGGUCCUCAUGUCGACCCUCUUCUUUUCCUUGCAACAAUACCGACCGGAAGCGGAGCAGUCGUGGGUUUAUUUUGCCCUCGUCCUUAACUGGAGUUUGGUAUUUGGAGCUUGCGUGGUGAUGUGGUCUGUCGGACGCCUGCUGAGCAGCUCGAAGAGCGACUGGCUGUUGCUCUUUCUUUCGCUGACUGCCAUUCUUUUGCCCCGUGCAUGCCUGCCUUUCAGUGUGCCGGAGCAUAUGCUGCAUCACAUGUGCUUCAUCGGCUACAAUUUUUUUAUCCGAAAGCGCUCCUGGAGCACGCAUGCAUUGUGGGGCUUAUGUCUAGUGCUGCUCACUGUUUCUGACGUGGCGUGGGGCGUUCUGCCUUUAAUGCUGGCUCUUUUCAAAACGAUGGGGUUGCUGGUGACGAUAAUAAUGGGCUGGUUGGCCUACCGGAUUGUCCUCAUCUUCCGCCGACAAAUGCGAGAAGUCAAGCGCUCUGGGUGGCCUGCAACGGGCUUGCAGCAGGCAGCCGAGGUGGAAGGCAGGCUGAGAUUGCGACAACAUAGAGCCUGGCGGAGGGCUCACAACGGUGCAUGCGUCCCCGCAUACACACCUGCGUGCCCCCCCCCCAAGCCCGCUAUCUUGAAGCGCUUCAAAUCGUUCGAGCCAGCACGUCACUCAGAAGCCGCUUCCCUCAGAGACAGGAACCUGAGGCGCUCCAAGACACAGGGGGUGGGGCUUUCGCCUCGAGGAUUGCCAGUUACGUGGGAUCAUCUACUCCCUUCCCUCCAGGAAAAGACUCCACAAGCGAGCGAGAGGCGGCGCUACUGGACGACACUCGAUAAUCUGACUCCGCUGUACAACCAGGCCGUCCAGAGGCGUCUCAAACUUCUCCGAUCCGACUUGAUGCGUUGCCUGCCUGACACCGAUGACGCAGGAAUCUUCCGGAAGGAAAAGGAGUCUCAGCUUUUUGUGGUUCCACGUUGCCACUAUGGGUGCGUUGACUGCUCGUGGUUCCUAGAUGCGGACUUGGCGCCGCCGAUUCAGAGUUGUUUGUGCUUCCUGCGAAAAAGCGGUGGCUUUAAAGAAGCCGCUUUCUCAGCCCGAGGGGAAGCUGCUCGCCCUGCAAGGACUCUGGGAAGAGCAGAUUCAGCCGCACCAUUCUCGCUACACAAUGAAAGCAACAGUGGAGGCGACAAUGCUAGACUCCGUGCCCGCAACAGCCUUACGCCAACGCACACCUCGUCUGUACACUGCGAGUCGCUCCAGGACAGGGGUUCCUGCAGAACGCGCUUCUUUCAGGCCUCAGCUUCUAUGAACUACAGCCUCUGCGAUCACCACUGUCACUCGCUCAAAGGCGAAGAACACAUUUUUAGCGCGCAGCCGGGAAAAAGCCUCCAGCGUGGCAAGGAGGGCGUCACUUCGUCGACAGAAUUAGACGCUGAGAGAUACCGCCACACUCCCGACAGUGACGGCUCUGUCGCCGCAGGCAGCUCUGCAGAGCACCCUGCAAAAAAGAAAACGCCACCACUUGUGGCAACGCACCCGCAUUCUACGAGCGUACCGCCUCAGAGCGGGGAGGCCUCACCCUACAGUGCCUGCGCUACGGAGGCCGAGCUGUUGCCUGCCUUGUAUUCUGCCGCAUCCUCAAGAGUCCUGCUGCCGAGGGCAGUCCUGGGCGUCUUUGAAGAUGCGGUGUUGGAGCGAUGGUAUAUGCUCUGGCGCUCGGUGCUCGUUGUUGACCUAUACAAGGCGAGCAACGGUUUGAAUAUUUCAAUAUGCUUGCUACAAUGCCUCUUCGGCAUGGCUAGGGCAUACGUCAUGGAGUGUGCCGUGUAUUACGGGGAGAACAAGGUCCUUGGCCACCUCGGAACGACUACAUACGAAGGGAUAUUUCCCUCCUUGCUUCCACUUUGGCGCACUGUGCGUGCUGUGUGCGCUCCCCUUCUGCAAUUCGUGAUCCUCAUUGCGCUUGUGCUGCCCAUGAGGUACAUGCCCAGUCGAGGGGGCAGAAAUGCGUGGAAAUUCAAUAUACUCGCACUUGGACAAGCUGUUACGUACACUGUUUUUGUAUUUUCCGAUUUGAUACUGCUAUAUCCUAUGUUGAUGAUUCCUUUGACGGUUCACCUGCGGCGAGUUCCUGAGGCGACGGUUUUAGUUAUCUGCUUCGGGUCGGCUAUAGUGACGGUUUGCAUCAUGAGUCUCGCCGGCAUGGAUUUCGAAAUUCUCGUUUUUUUAAUGCUUUCGCGCCUCUUGUUUGCGUUGUUCACGAUUAUGAUUGCGCGGGCGUUUGAAAAUUUACGGCGGCAGCUUUUCUCGUCUCAAGCGUUGCCAUAUUUGGUAUAUCUAUCGACCCUUGCCAACAGCCCCAAAGUUCAGCAGAUUGGCAACAUGAGGUCUGCCCACCAGCGCUGUGCCUGCCGUCCCAGGCAGCAAAAGGAUAGACAACUCUCCAAGGGCCUACAUCAGUGUCUUUCUUUCGGUGCUCUUGUCUCACGACCAACCUGUGCAGAGGCGAGCACAGGCCCUUAA